CAUUGGUCACGUGUCUUUAGGAUUGUCGCACAUUUUAUUUUACAUCAUUGUAUUUUUUAUUGUGCAAGUGUGGGCAUACCAAGUUGGUAGUGUUACGGUUCAAAGUCACCAACUGACACCAUUCUCUGCAGAUUUUGGAGUUGUAUCUACCACCAGUCAAAAGGUUCAGGAGACAUCCACCAUCAAAUCCACCAUGGAACGGACUUCAACUGAUAUCUACUACCAGUUAUUACAAAGAGAAUCACUCAAAAGCAAGAAAAAAAUGUUGAUUUUGUCCAAAGAAUCACUAAAAAGCAGGAAUAAAAAACUGAGCAAUAAAAUUGCAAUGCAUAUAAAAUUAUCAAAAUCACUAACCGAAAGUUUGAAUGACAUGAAAGAUAGAAAUGCCAAGCUUACUGAGACAUUUAAUGUAUUGCUGUUGGAAGAUAAAGAUUACCAGUGCCCAGUUUGUCAUGAAACAUUCAUAAAGCCAGCAUUGCUUAGUUGCUCUCACAUGUUUUGUACUUGGUGCCUUGAAAAUUGUUCAAAGGAAAAUAAUCACUGUCCGUUAUGUCGGGUUCCUAUAACACAUGUUGUACACUGUUUGAGCAUGAACAAUUCCAUUGAAAAAAGGAUGGAACUCAUGCCAGCUUCAAUUAGAUUGGAGCGCAAGAAUUUAGAAGAAGACCGAAGGAAAAAACAUAUUUAAACAAAACCACGAAGAAAUUUUUCAACUUUACCUUAGAUAUUCAAACAAUGCAAGCCAGUCGUCAAAUAAUUAAAGCUUAAAUAAUGUGCAUUGAUAAAUUAAUUUUAAUCCCACUAAAUUACUUUGUGAGACAUAUUUUGAAUUAUUACUAUUCUUUAUUACUAUACUUGUAACAAAAUUAGCAAUUUGAUUGCAUCAUCCCUUAUGGUUAAAUAUCAAUAAUAGCAUAUUAGUGGUUGUGGGCUACAUUACAAAAUUGCUUAUAUUUUCCAGAAAUAGGAUUUAAAUUGAUUGUUUAAAUAUAUAUACAAAAAUUAACUAAGCUUAGUGUGUUAUAGUCUACAAUGUACAAUUUUUGAUAAUAUGUAAUACUUAUUUUUAUAGAAUAUUCAAAAUUCCAAACAAUAUUUUGUAUGUAUAAUGUAUAUUUAUAACUAUUUUGAUAAAAUAAUGAAAUAGAGAUUAAAAGUAAAAAUGCGUGUUUUUCUAUAGUGUAAUUACCAAUAUUAAGACCAAAAAUCGUGGAGGGUGUGGAAUAAAAAUUUAUAAAAUUACAAAUAUUUAAAUAAUGUAUCUAAUUAAUGAGAAUUACAAAUUA